CAUGGCCGGCCCCGGCCCGUGGCCGCCGGGCGCGGGAGGGGCGCGGUGGGCCGAGGAGGCUCUCGGCAUCGCGGCGGCAAGGAGGCGGCCUGCCCUCGCUGCCUUCUCCGCCUUCAGCUUCAUCCCGCCCAGACGGGAAGGGCCUCCGGAGCUCAGCUAUUUCAACCGGGCGGCCAAGACAGAACAUGUUUUCACCUAUGACACCAUUUUUAGAAUACCAGAAGGUUACAACCAGUAUCUUCCUCGCUGUGACAGAAAACAUGCAAAAGCUCAUGGUCUCAACAUUAAUGAGGAGGAAAUGGCAAGACCUGUUCCUGUGUUGUCAUCUUCAGAGUAUGGGAAACGUGUAAACAAGCCCUUAGAGCAGCCAACCAAAGAACAUGCAAGGGCUAAUCACCUCCAUGAAGCAAUAUAUGGGCAAAAGCGCAGCACUCGCUUUUUGGAAUAACCUCCAAGACUGGAUCCAUGUUAAGUCUCUCGCAUCUGUCAUUGCCAGCAACAUUUAUGUAGAAAAAAAAACCACAUCAAAAAGCAAUAUGGUGCUUCUGCCUUUUCCUCUACAUUUUAGUUAAUGAAAAUUAUCUGAAUUAAAAAUAGGAUGAAAGAGCAGCUGUACUUCUCCUCAUGCUAAUUAAAAUGCAUGUCUUCUUACAUUCUCACAAAAAUCUCAUGAACAGCAGCACCAACAAGAGCUGAACAUUUUAGGCAGUAAAACUGCAACUGAGACCUGUUGGGUCAAAAGCUGAUUCUGCAAUUCUAGGCACUGCUUCUACAUAACUAUUCACAGACUUAACAUUUAAGCAAGCUUGUCCCUCAAGGUAUCAGUGGUCACGAACUUCUUAAUCCUUAUGAUUUUGCUACAGAAUUGUGAGCCAUCAUUUUAUCUGCAGAACAGCUGAAACGGAGAUUCAGCUCAGAAUUUUCUAAAAUGGAUGGGCUUUCCUAUGAAUGGGCAAAUAAAGAAGUGAUCUACUUCCAGAAGUGCUUAGCAGUUCCAGUAGGCUUCAAGUGGAAGUCAAGUUAAAAGAACUUCUGAGCACUUACCAUUUGAAUAGACAAAAUCUGGGUUUAGCUGAUUUCAGACAUUCAUUUCACUGACUUUCACUGUAGGAAUGGUGUUUGACAGAUUGAUCUGACAAGAAAAACCAUCAUUGGUUCUGUAUCCAAUGCUGAAAAAAAAGGAAAAAAAGUAAUACUAGCAGAACAAGCACUAAAUAGAGCAAAUGCCUAAACUUCCUUAAAUAUUUAAUGCCUUGCAUUCUCGCUGAAUCCAGUACUAAAGUUUUAAGGAAAUUUCAGAAGGAGUUUCUCCUGCAGCAUAUGCAUCAGUUUGGUUCUCAAGAGCCAUUGAUCCUGCUGUUGUUUAAAGCUGAGGCAGUAUUCUUUGGAAAGGAACAACAGCCAGAUUAAUCAUGCCAAAAUAAGGACUGGAAGUCCACAGCUUUGACUGACACUAGUUUUGUUAGUACUUACACACAGGAAACCUAUGUCAUUUUUGAACACAGCAAGACUUCUAGUGAAAAAAUAACAGAAGCAAAAAACUUCUUAAUGUGGGGCCUGGAUAAGUAAUAAAUUAGGCAAUCAAUAGCACUUAUUUGACAUGGUGUGAGAAGCAGAGCACAUAGAGCAGCCCAUUCAGAGAGGUGUUUGUUACUUUCACUAUUUAUUACCUGCAAGUUCCUCUGUACUCAAUGGGCUAGGGUCAAGAGGACAUUAACUGCUAUAUUCAACAAUAAAUAUUUCAUUAAACAAGUCCAGCAGCAUUAAAUGAAAGGAAUCACGGUAAGAACAGUCAGAAGGAAAUGUUUUCUAAUAAUAGAAUGUUUUUUCAAAAAUCAGUAUCAAAUGUAUACCAGUAAAGAAUGAGAUGGAAUACAGCCACAUUCUUGGCAGGUUAUUUUUAGUUUGGGACAGUCAGUACAAAUUGCUUCUUAUAAGUAGCCUUACUAUAUUUACAUACCAUCUGUGUUUGAAAAACUACUGGAAAUCAAAUUUGUUUGAGAACACCACCACCUUCUGGCCUGUGUGAUAAAUAGGCACCACCACUUCAUUCACCACAGAGAAAAUUUGAGUCAUCAAAAAACACCUGAGUUUUCCCAUCUCAUUUCUUUGCUUACAUCACCCCUUUCUCAUCCUUCCUCACUUUUGAAGGCCUUUCAGAGGUUGUUCCUCUGACUACUUGUUUCUCAUUCAGUUCUGAGUGGCUGACUUCUCCCUUCAGUGCUCACUGUUAAAAGAAUACCUUGACAAAUUCUUCCAUAUUAGGGAUAAGUUCCUUAUAAAUGUCUGAAAAAACAUUUCCUCUAUUCUCCUUCAAUUUCUCUUUUGCUAGGAUGAUGAACUGUUAGGUUAUUGAUGUUCUAAGCUUACUGUUACACCAUUGGAAAACAUUUCAUUACCUCUUGGUGCUCCCUCACCUGUCUGCACUGAUAUCCUACUGUGAGUAAGGGUUUUAUACGUGCAAUAAAUUAUCAUGAACAGAAUGCACAGCAUGACACAGUGGAAAUCAUAUUCUGCAUCUCGAUUUUGCAUCUGGUAAUCUCCAAGGGUUGUUGGGACAAUUAACACACCUGCAAUUCACAAAUUAUUAACAGUAGCCUCAGAAGGAAAAAAGGCCACACCCUGUAUCAUCUAUUGGUAAAAUACACAGAAUGUCAAUGAUGUAAAAUUUUUGCCUUUAUUGUAUCAAAACAUAACAGCUAAAUAUCAAACUAGGUGAUGCUGGGAAUUCUGCUUUGCUACUAAUAAAUAAUAAGCUCACCUGAAAAUGUGUUUUACGUGACAGUUCAUCAAGUAUACAUAAUACGAUCAGAACUAAAGCUGUGUUGUUUUGCCUUCAUCCAUCUGCAAAGCAAUAUAUUGACCCAAGUUGGGGCACACUUGUUCCGGAUGAAGUGGGUACUGGUUCUGGUUCUCACUUCCAGUAUUUCUACUUAUACAUAAAAAAGGACUGCCACAGAACAUAGUUCUUCUGAGCUUCAGAGCGUAGAGUUUCUGUAAACUGAAGGAACUCUGGAGGGCAUAUGUGACCCUAUUUAGACAGUUUAGCUAAAACUGCCACCAAAGACAAAACUACAAAUAGAAUAUAUCCAGAACAUUGGGUGCCCCCACAGAGACAGUUGGCAAGUCCAUUAUCCUGUGGCAGUUGUUACUUUACAAAGUAAAGCAAAUCUUUUUUUUAUUAAAAGUGCUCUCAUUUUCUGUAAGGCAUUGUUACUUAUUGAACAGCAUUCUACAUCUGUUAAGAGCAAUAAGCCAAUAUUGCUUCAGCAACUACUGCAAAUUUUAGCUUCAUGAAAGAUUCGUAAAAUUACACAAACAGUUAUAAGUAAAUUGCACAAUUUCUUCUUAUACUGCCAAGAAAAGCCCCAAUUAGUAGGUAGCAUGGCAUAUUCUUUACAUUCAGACUGGCCAGUAUCCUUGAAUAGUCACGUGUCUGUUUGCAGCUGCGAAUUAGAAUGAGUGAAAUACAAGGCAAAAGCAGCACUGACUGUCUGGCACUCACAUCUGUCAACUUGUAAUAAAUACUGACACAAAACUUAAAAAAAUAUGAUACUCUUUAUUACUCUUUACACGUCAAUUGUUCCAAAUAUUGGAAGGUUUCAAAUUCAGAAGCUCAAAUUAUCUGCGGUGGAGUUAUUUAGAAAACACCAUUUUUCUUCCAUGCACAGUAUUUCCACUCCGUAGUACAGGAGGUCAGCUUGUGAUUUAGUGGUAUUCUCCAGUGUCAUCUGCUGAGUCCAUAUGUAUGAGGAAAGAUUUUUUUGUGCAGAUAUUCUGCCAUUUUCCUGCAAUUUUCUAGACUCUCUAUCUCAAAAUAUGGAAUCUGGAAACAAAACAAAAAUGAUUGCUGGAAAUACCUUUUUAAUAAACAACUGGGUAAGAGAGAUGUUCAUUAAGCAGAUGAAAAAUUACACAUCAAAGAUUUUUCUGCUUUAAAAUGAAACAUUUAAUCUUAAGUGUAUUAUUGAUCUGUAAAUCAUCUGAAAAGACAUUAUUGUAAAACAAAGAGUAAAAUCCAUUACAGUUUAAACUAAGUUAAAUAUUAUGGAGUUAGGCUUAUGUAAUAAGUGAUUAUAAAUGGAAAAUAAAAUCUUGAAAAACUAGAAGUAUGUUUAAAGGUAAAAAUACCCCUACUUAAUUCAACAGGAAAAAUAAAGAUAUACUUGUUGUGAACAUUUUAUUUACAAUACGAAUCAGUUUGGGGUUUUUUUAACUCUUCCUUUUAAACCCCAAAUUCAAACCUUUUAAAAAAGAAUUUAAUUAAAAAUGCCAGUUCUACAGAACUCUUACACAACAUUUGCUUGUAAGUCAAGACUUGAAUUAAUUACUGCAGAGAUGUAAUCUUUCAAGCAGCCACUAUUUAGCAGAAAACACAGACAGAAUACACCAACUGAUCCAAGGAAGAAAAAGGACCUUCUGUACACCCUCAAAGAGGCAAAAGCUAAGCAGAGAGAACAUAAUAUAGUAAGGACAAGACUACAUCUGCCUUAGAAAUUACUUGAAACUAGUUUUAAGCAUUGUAAAAUAAAUUUUUACACGUUUAUAUAGCCAGAGCAAAAGCAAAUUACUGUCUUUGGACUUUACCUGCACAACUUCAUAACCAAGUAACUGAAGAUGUCUCUGUUUAAUAGCUUCUUCUCCCAACAGAUUGUGGCUAUUAGCACAAAAUCUAUUUUGACCAUCAACACAGAGGGCAAUUCUAAAAUCAAGCAUAAGUGUAGUAUGAAAGAAAAACUCCCAACAACCACUUAUUUAAUCACAAAUACUGCAGUUCCUAACAAGCAUGAAACAAUACCUCCCUUCUUACUUCCUUAUACCACCCAGAAUCAGAUUUUGCAGGAUGGGAGUUACCUAGUUCAGGACAAUUUAAAUCACUCAAUAAAAGGGCAGGAGCUGAAAGCCUGAAGCUUAGUGAAAUUGAUCUGAAAAGCUUUUUUUUGCUCUGAACAAAAAUUACCAUACAAGUUAAUGAGAGAUUGAUAUUUUUAAUACUACUAUUGGUAAGCUGUUUUGAAUUCUUUUAGAAGGAAAAACACACAAAAAACUGGCUUCAGCUUGAAAGCAUUUCAGCAGCUAAAUUUAUUUAACUUACUAGUUUACCUGUGAAAUCCAUUACACUUCAAGUAAAAGUUAAGUUUAAGCUAAAUCGGUUUAAGUUAAACCUGUAUGUAUGAUCGGCAGCAUCAUGGAUUAUAACUAAAUUUUUUCUCCUUGGUUUCUAUAUCUACUGUUAAAAAGUUGCUUAAUUUUCAGUAUGUUAAGUAUAUUGUGACCUUAUUUACAGAUGAAAACUGUUAUUUCAAAAAAAACAGUAAAGCCCAUUCUUAAGCAUUUAAGCAUGGGAUUUUUGAAAAAAUCUAUAUUAGUCUCUGAGUCUUGUGAAGGUUAAGCUGGAGAAAGCAUAACUUUUUCAAAGUAUUUUGCUUUCUUCACAGAAGUGCUGUUGCAAAUAACACAGGGAGGCUGCUUAACCUUAUCUAAGGUUUCUCAAAAUAACCCUUGUUUAACAUAUUUUUUAAACACCUAUGCAUUUGUCAAUUAAAACCCCCAGCAUCUGUAGCAAAUAUCCUCAUUACACAGGAUUCCUUACAGAAGUAAAUUUGUGAACUAGCUUAAACUAUAUUAAAUCUAUGCAAAUACACUUGAUUAAAAUUUAGUUUUAAUUUGAAAAUGAAUUACAGAAGAUCUAAAUACAUUACUAGAGGCCAAACAGGAUCACUUGAUCCUGACUCUCACUGGGUAAAGAGACUAAUU